UAUAUAAAGGGCAGUAUUGUAUUUUCUCAAUUAGUUAAAAAUAUUCUUUGGCAAUUGCAUAUGAGCACACAACUGUGCACUUACUGAAAUAUAUACAGAAAUACAGAGAGCAUUCUUGCCCUCCUUUUCUCUGAAAUCCUCUUUGAUUCUCUCUCAGCAUUUCCAUUUCUAACGUCAUCCACCAAUAUAGAUCAUGGGGGCAGCUUAUAAUUAUUAUCGUGGCAAUAACUCAUUGAUCCACCUUGCCGUCCUCUUCGCUGCUGCUUUUUCGUCCCUCCAAAUAGUCCACAGUAAGCUCUCUCCACAUUACUACUCCUCCUCCUGCUCACAAGCCCCCUCCAUUGUUCAGUCUGUGGUGGUCGCUGCCAUUCAGAAGGAGGCACGUAUAGGCGCCUCUCUCCUCCGCUUGCAUUUCCAUGACUGCUUUGUAAAUGGGUGUGAUGGGUCGAUUUUAUUGAACGACACGGACAAGUUCAUAGGGGAGCAAACCGCAAAUCCUAAUAACAAUUCGAUCAGAGGGUUCCAUGUUGUGGAUGAUAUAAAAGCUCAGUUAGAGAAGGCAUGCCCGGGCGUGGUGUCUUGUGCUGAUAUUCUUGCCAUAGCUGCUCGGGACUCUGUUGUUUAUUUGGGAGGGCCAUCGUGGACAGUACCAUUGGGAAGAAGAGAUUCUACCACAGCCAAUAGAAGUGCUGCCAACACCUUCAUCCCCGCUCCUACUUUGAAUUUAACUGCUCUCAUUUCAAGCUUUUCUGCACAAGGUCUUGCACUAAAGGACCUGGUGGCUCUUUCAGGUAGUCACACCAUAGGGCAGGCAAGGUGCACAUCAUUCCGAGGACGUAUUUACAAUGACUCCAACAUUGAUGCCUCCUUCGCCAGAUCUUUGAAGCGCAACUGCCCAAUGAGUGGAAACGACAACGAGCUUGAACGCCUGGACAUCCAAACCCCAACCCAUUUUGAUAAUUUCUACUUUGAGAAUUUAGUAGCAAGUAAGGGUCUUCUCCAUUCUGACCAGGAGCUCUUCAAUGGCAGUAGCACCUCAGCUGAUUGUCUAGUCAAAAAAUAUGCUUGCGACCCUCAUGCAUUCUUCAAAGACUUCGCCAGAGCCAUGGUCAAAAUGGGCAACAUCAAGCCCCUCACUGGAACCCAGGGACAGAUCAGACUCCACUGCAGCAGAGUCAACUAGCUGGCUUCGAGGAAUUAGUAUUAGAGUGGAGCAUUAUAUUUAUAUAUAUAUAUAUAUUAAGGGGUGCUUUAGUUAACUUGUCUAUUCCAAAAAUAGUCUGCCUUUCACUGGCCAUAAGCAAGACCAGGAUGAUCCAUAUGCCAACUAUUGUCCGCAAUCAACCAUGUUGUCAGUGGCGUAUGGAGCAACUAGAAAUCGAUCCAUCUUACUGGAUUAAUGAUUAUUAAUACAAGAAAGGUGGAUGCAUGGUUCUAAAUUA